AUGGUUGCGUUGCGGUCUCUCGCCGCCGCCGCCGUCAGCGUUGCGCUCUUCUGGCAGACGUCGCUCGCCGAGUCGUUCAAGCGAAAUCCUGUCGACUAUGUCACAUUGAUUGACAAUGUCCAAAUAAACACUCCCUCGCAGCGAGUCAACGCGCAUUCCAAGUUUGAUCUCACUUUCACACUCCACAAAGGUCACCAGACAAUCAGACUUGCCCUCGAACCCAACGAUGACCUCAUUCCCGACAACCUAGCCGUCACUGUUCUCGACUCUGACGGCCAAGUCGCUACCGCCCAUCCCGUCGUGCGAUCCAACCACAAGGUAUUCAAGGGUCACGCCUUUAUCCAGCGCCAUGGCAUGCAGGGAUGGUCCGCCGCCGGCUGGGCCAGAAUCAUGGUCUUGAAGGACGGCGAUGAGCCCGUGUUCAACGGCGCCUUCCGCAUCGACGGCAACAACCACCACGUUGAGACAGCGGCCAAGUAUCGUUUGGUCAAGCAUGAGGGCGACCCUAGCGUGCAACUCGCGGAUCAAGGCGCCGCCGACAAAACCAUGGUCGUAUGGCGCGACUCGGACAUUGUACUCGAUCAUUCUCAAUCCGAACUAAAGCGUCGAAGUACUGCUAGGAGCGCACUCUGCAGCUCCGAUGAACUGACCUUCAACUCCAAAUACGAUCCUGUUGCGCGGGACUUUAGCCCUCUGCAAUCCAUGCCCACGCACCGACUCUUCGGUCGCCAAUCUAUUAUCGACGGUGGCGGCGGUGAUGAUCCUGCUGGCAAUCUGAUUGCCAGCAUCGGCUCUUUGGACGGAUGUAUCAACACGAAAAGGGUAGCGCUUGUUGGACUUGCCACCGACUGCACGUAUUGGGGCGUAUUCGGCUCCAGAGAAGCUAUCCAGGAUCACGUGCUUGGCGUCGUCAACAAGGCCUCGCAACUCUACGAGUCCACAUUCAAAAUCUCUCUCGCCGUCAGGAACUUGACCGUCAUUGAUUCAAACUGUUCCAGCGGAAGCACCACUGCGACACCAUGGAACGUUGACUGCUCGCCCUCCUUUAGCAUUACCGACCGUCUCAACACAUUUUCCAUCUGGCGAGGCAAGUCUCAAGACAAGAACGCGUACUGGACUCUCCUGACCAAGUGUCCCACUGAUAAUGCUGUCGGUUUGGCCUGGCGUGGUCAGCUUUGUCGUCAGGGGUCUGCGCCUAAUGGCGGCACCAACGACACGAUUGCCAGUACCAAUGUCGUCGUCACUGGCCCUACGGAAUGGCAAAUCUUUGCUCACGAGACUGGGCACACCUUUGGAGCUGUUCACGACUGCACCCCCGAUAAGUGUCCCGUGAAGCAAACGGCCCAGACCUGCUGUCCUCUCACAGCAGAGCGAUGUGAUGCUGGUGGCGAAUUCAUCAUGAACCCCUCCACCGCCAGCGGCAUCACCCAAUUCUCUCCCUGCACAAUUGGCAAUAUUUGUUCUGGUCUCAAGGGCAACGUCAAGUCAGACUGUCUGACUGAUAACAAAAACGUCGAGACCAUUACCGAGAGCGUCUGCGGCAAUGGCAUCGUCGAGCCCGGCGAGGAUUGCGACUGCGGCGGAUCGGACAGCUGCGGCUCCAACAAGUGCUGCAACCCCAAGACGUGCAAAUUCUCCGAGGGCUCUAAAUGCGAUCCGGCCAACGAGCAAUGCUGCACCUCUAGCUGUAAGUUUGCUGGCUCCGACACAGUCUGCCGCCCCAGCAGCAGCGGCUGCGACCCCGAGGAAAAGUGCCCUGGGGACAAGGCUCUGUGCCCGCCUGACGAGCACAAAAAGGACGGCGAGUCGUGCGGCAGCGGUCUCGAGUGCGCCUCGGGCCAGUGCACCUCGCGCGACCGCCAGUGCCAGGUGGCCGCGGGCAGCCUUACGCACAGCAACAACACCAAAGCCUGCCGCAACGACUGCUUAAUGUUGUGCGAGUCGCCGUCAUUUAUGGGCGGCUCAUGCGCGUUCUAUAACCAAAACUUCCUCGACGGCACAAGCUGCGGCGGUGGCGGGCGCUGCAAGGACGGCCAGUGCAGUGGCAGCUCGUGGUGGAAGGAGUUUACGCAGUGGUACCUUAACAACAAGGCCAUUUCCAUUCCCGUCACCUGCGUUGUCGGCCUGCUGGUGCUCUCCAUUCUGGCGUCAUGUCUGUGCAGCUGCGUGCGCCGCGCCGGCCGCCGUCGCGUGCCCCGGAAACCGAUUAGUCCGCCACCCUCGAACAGCUCCGCUGCCGCGUGGAACCCCUACGCCAACACGCAGUGGCAGCCGCAGCCCGGACCAACGAUGAGUGCGGCGAAUGGCUUUGAUGUGCCGCCGCCUCCGAGAAACGAGUUUCGUGGUCAUGAUGACAAUUCGUGGAACAAUCACAACGGAAACCACAACAAUUAUAACAGCGACAACGUGCACGACUUUGCGCCGCCGCCGCAUCCGCCACCUACAUACAACUAUGGGAAUCAAGCGACUGGGCCUCGCUAUGCAUAG